AUGGGUGCAGCUAUAUCGUUACCUUUGAUGCCCAUCUCAUCAUUAGCUUCAUGUUUUGGAGCAGCUGCCUGUUCGGCUUUUUGUACAUCAAUAGGUGGAACAUUUAAAUCUUCAAUAAUGACAAGAAUCACAUAUGCAAUAAUAUUAUUAAUAAACUCAUUAUUAUCUUGGAUUGCAUUAUCACCUUUUAUAAUUCAUAAAUUGGAAAAAGCUACGUUUGGAUUUAUAAAUAAUAGAUGUGGACCUGAUGGUAGUCAAUGUAUAAGUUUUACAUCAGUUCAUAGAAUAAAUUUUGCCUUGGGAGUAUUACAUUUAAUAUUGGCUGCUUUGUUAAUUAAUGUCAAAUCUACUGCCAAUCCAAGAGCUGUAAUACAGAAUGGAUGUUGGAAAAUGAAAGUAUUCGCUUGGAUUUCAUUUAUUUUCAUAAAUUUUGUCUUGAUACCUGAUGGAUUCUUUGUAUUUUAUGGAAAUCAUAUUGCAAUAUUUUUUUCAACUAUAUUCUUAGGGAUUGGUUUAAUUUUGCUAGUUGAUUUUGCUCAUGCUUGGGCUGAGAAAUGUUUAGAGAAAAUCGAAAUGGAGGAAUUAACUGGUGAAGGUGAUGCAGGAUUUUGGAAAAAAUUAUUAAUUGGAGGUACUUUAACUAUGUAUAUUUCAAGUAUUAUAUUAACUAUUGUCAUGUAUUGGUUUUUUGCAGGUAGUGGUUGUUCAAUGAAUAAAACUGCAAUAAGUUUAAAUUUUGUAUUUGCAGUUAUAAUAUCUGGUUUAUCUAUACAUAAUACAGUUCAAGAAUAUAAUCCACAUGCUGGAUUAGCACAAUCAUCAAUGGUUGUAUUUUAUUGUACUUAUUUAGUUAUGAGUGCUGUUGCAUCUGAACCAGAUGAUAAAUAUUGUAAUCCAUUAAUUAGAUCAAAGGGAACAAGAACUGCAAGUGUUAUAUUAGGUGCAUUUUUCACAUUUUUAGCAGUUGCAUACACUACUACAAGAGCAGCAGCUAACUCAGCUUUCAGUUCAGAAUCAGUUGAAGAAUUCACUGCUUCCGGUGUUACAACAACUCAACCAACAGCAAGAUCUGAAAUGAGAUAUCAAGCUUUGAAACAAGCAGUAGAUGAAGGUUCAUUACCAGAAAGUGCAUUAAAUCAGUUAGAUUUAUAUGAUGAUGAAAAUCCGAAUGAUGAAGAAAGAUCUACAGUUAAAUAUAAUUAUUCAUUAUUUCAUAUUAUAUUUUUUUUAGCUACUCAAUAUGUUGCUACUUUAUUAACUAUUAACGUUAAACAAGAUGAUUAUGGUGAUUUUGUACCUGUUGGUAGAACAUAUUUUGCAAGUUGGGUUAAAAUUGUAAGUUCUUGGGUUUGUUUUAUUUUAUAUGGUUGGAGUUUAGUUGCACCGGUUAUUUGGCCAGAUAGAUUUGUAAGAAUCUAG